GUCGUAAUUGGGCGACUGGGACACAACCCGGACAAGCCCACUGUCACCUUCUACGGCCACUACGAUGUACAACCCGCGGCAGAACCCGACUGGUUGACCAACCCCUUCGAGCUUAACUCCGUUAAUGAGUACCUUUACGGCAGGGGUGUCUCCGAUAACAAGGCGAGCACGGGAGCGUGGUGUGCUGGUGGGCGCCUGGGCCGCUUGCCCGUGAACGUCGCAUUUAUCUUCGAGGGGGAGGAGGAGAACGGCUCCAGGGGUUUUUCGCAUGCCAUCAUGCGGAACCUCAGCUGGUUCGAGGGCACGCAGCUUAUCAUCAUUUCCAACACGCUGUGGGUGGGGGAGAACGUUCCCUGCCUUACCUACGGAAUGCGCGGCAUGUUAAGCUUAACAGUGCAGAUCACCGGCCCCGAGCGCGACCUGCACAGCGGCAAUGACGGUGGAGUUUUUGCGGAACCCAUGGUGGACCUGCUGCGGGUGAUGGCCACCUUGGUGGGGUCAGGUGGCAAGGUACAGAUUGAUGGCUUUUACGACAAUGUGGAGCCCAGCCUGAUUGACCUGGCAUGGGAUUCCCUGAAGGACAGUGAGGAGUUCUCCCUCGAGGGAUACAAGGCGGCGCUGGGUGUGCCCGCCCUCACGGCCCCGCCCAACAAGCGGGACCUGCUUGUCACUCGCUGGUGCCGGCCCUCACUGUCCGUGGUGGACAUGCGGCCGGGAGCACCCGUGGGGAUGCCGGGUCAGCAGAGCGAGCCGACCAGCACCUGCUACAGUGUCAUUCCCAAGGCAGCUCAGGGCAAGGUGUCAGUGCGAUUCGUGCCCAACCAGGAUGCCGACCAGCUUGUAGCGUGCCUCAGGAACCACGUGGAGCAGUCGUUCGCGGCUCUGGGCAGCAGCAACAAGAUCGACUUGCACGUGGAGGCCCGUGGCAAGUGGUGGGAGGUGUGGCAGGGUAGCCCCUGGCUCGCCAUGGCGGAGGCGGCCAUUCACAAGGAGUGGGGCGUGCACCCACUCUACGUGCGAGAAGGCGGCACCAUGCCCGUGGCCUCCUACCUGGAGCGCGUGUUGUGCGCCCCCGCCAUCAUGAUACCCAUGGGCCAGUCCUCAGACAAUUGCCACUUGGCCAACGAGCGCAUCCGCCGCACCAACCUAUUCAAGGGCAAGAACGUCAUCCGCCGAUUGCUGGAGGAAAUUGCAGCCAUGGGUGGGGUGGGGGCGGGUAACGCUGCCUCAUGCACUGGCAAGGCUGAAACUGCACCCGAUGGCGAUGUUGACGACGGUGCCGUCCUGGGUGCUGCGACGGCGUGCGCGGGGCUAGCGGAGUAG